UUCUCAUUUUCCUUCUGUAGAGGAAACCGAGAUUGGAGUACCAUAUGUUAGUUUUCUUCUGUUUUAUUUGGGUAAUGAUCAUGUUAGUAGAAGGAUUUCAUACUUCAUAGGAGUGGGAAAAGGUCGGUUUUCUUUUUUUUUUUUAAGUUGGGAUAUAGCUGCUUUGUGUUGUGUUUGUUUCUCUGUACAAGGAAGUGAAGCAGCUGUAUGUAUCGGUAUAUCCCCUCCCUCUUGGACGUCCUUCCACUCUGCCUCAUCCCACCCAUCUAGGUCACCACAGAGCGCUGAGUACAGUUCCCUGUGCUGUGCAGCAGGUUCUCAUUAGUUAUCUCUUUUAUGCAGUCUUGUAUAUGUGUCAAUCCCGACCUCCCAAUGUAUCCCGACCGCCUCCCCCCCUUGGUGUCCAUACACUUGUUCUCUACAGCUGUGUCUCUGUUUCUGCUUUGUAAAUAAGAUCGUCUAUACCAAUUACCAUGUAUCGUAUACUACAUCUCUACAAACGACCCAAUUUCGUUCCUUUUUAUGGCUGAGUAGUAUCCCAUUAUAUAUAUGUACCACGUCUUCUUUAUCCAUUCAUCUGUUGAUGGACAUUUAGGUUGCUUCCAUGUCCUGGCUCUUGUAAACAGUGCUGCCAUGAACAUCGGAGUGCAUGUGUCUUUUUGGAUGAUGGUGUUCUCUGGGUAUAUGCCCAGCAGUGGGAUGACUGGGUCAUAUGGUAACUAUUGUUAGUUUUUUAAGGAACCUCCAUACUGGUCUCCAUAGUGGCUGUGUGGAGAAAAGGGAACUCUCUUGCACUGUUGGUGGGGAUGUAAAUUGGUUUUCUUUUUUAAUGAACGACCAUUGCUGUUUUAUCAUUUAUUUGAAAAAGUAACAUUAGAUUUCAGUUUUCUCAGAAAGUGUAUUUUCUGAAAAAGAGCUACAUUAAUUGCUUGUUGCCAUCAAGUUAAGGGUGUACCACCGGAGAGGUGGUGCGGUGUGCGGGUUGAGUGUGAACUGCCAGCGCAGAUCCAGAUGCAUGACUUCGGAGCGCUCCACCAAGGUCGUUCACCCUCCAGUUGGGAGAGUAAGAGCGCCAGCCUGCCAGCGUUGAUGCCGGGAGACAGCAGUUAAAGCAGAGAAUGUGCUUAGAGCCAUGCCCGGCCCACAGUCAUCAGCACCCGUCAGCAAAGACGCCUGGCUGUAGCGUGUGCAGCACGUGUAGCGCGUGUAGUACGUGGUCUCGCACUCCAUGCAACUGACACAAUGGGCGAGCAGGGCAUGGUGUCCAGGACGUGAGGGCGAUUCAGACCGCGGGGGCCUCACAGGUCUGCGGCUGUUUUCCCAGGCCAUCUUCCUCUGCUUGGGGCCCUUUCUCUUCACAGCACAGGCGCAUCUCCACUGCUUAGGGAGGAUGUCUCCCUCACACUCGCAGCGCUCUCUUGCCUGGGUGGUAGGUGGUUAUUGUGUUACAGACGUUAUGAGUCUUGUGGUUUUAUUGUAAGCUGCAUACUGGUGGUCUAGUUUUCCUGGCCUCUACCUAACCUUCCAGCCUCAGUUUCCACCUAUGUGAAAUAAGGUUUUCGUACUUAGGAAAAAAAAAAGCUUCUAAUGCUUCUCCAGCUCUGAUGCUUAGGCAGCAGUUCAUCUCUUUCCUCUGGUACUGAGCCCUCGCUCGUUAGUUCAGCCUGAAAAACGUUUUCAAGUACGAUGAAUUCUCUACCUGUUCAGCGAUACUCAACUGUUUUCAAAACUAAUGUUGACAGCCACGCGUGGCAUAAACUAAUCAUGGUUCACCACUGGCCGGCCACAGUGUGCAAGGAAGUUAAGGACCACUGCAGAGACCCCCCAGCGUACUGGACGAUACACGGGUUGUGGCCUGAUAGAAGUGAAGCAUGUAACCGAUCCUGGCCUUUUAAUCUAGAGGAGAUCAAGGACCUGUUGCCAGACAUGAGGUUAUACUGGCCCGAUCUGCUGCACCCGGCUCCUAACCGCAGCGCGCACCUGUGGAGGCACGAAUGGGAGAAGCACGGGACCUGUGCUGCCCAGCUGGACGCCCUCAGUUCCCAGAGGAAGUACUUCGGCAAGAGUCUGGAUCUGUACAAGGAGCUUGCCUUGAACAGCACGCUCCAGAAAUUGGGGAUAAAACCAUCUACUUACUACCAGAUUUCAGAUAUUAAAGACGCCCUUGUCAGUGUGUAUGGAGUCGUGCCCAAAGUCCAGUGUCUUCCAAAACAGGGCGAGGAGCCGCAGCUUCUCGGGCAGAUCGAGGUGUGCUUCUCCAGGGACCUGCAGCUGCAGAACUGCGUGGAGCCUGGGCAGCCGGCUGGCCUGGGGCUGGAGAUCUGCAAGGACGUCGUCUUCUACCCACCCCUUAACCAGACCCGUCACUGAUGCCCACGUUUUGUAAAUGGUCUUUAUUUUGAAAAGCAAGAGGAAUCAGCAAACCACUGCUUUUUAAAAAGCAGCCCCGAAGUGAAAUCUGUUUACAGCCUGCUUUACCUAAGCCUGUUUUGCUUGUCUUGCUGUGCACUUCGUGUCUGGGAGUGGAUUUUUGUGGUACAUGUAAAGAUGGGGUGAAUACUGGGUACCCCGAAAGGGAGGAACGCUCCCCGCCUCUUGGCUGCUUUCUGGUUGGAGUAAAGCUUACGGUUUUCUUUGUU